AUGCCUCAGCUACUGAAAAGCAUCGUUAAUAUCGUUGAAGUUUACAACCAUUAUGCAAAAAGUGAUUGUGAUGGAACAGCAUUGAGCAAAAAAGCUCUGAAGAAUCUUCUCCAGAGGGAGUUUGGUGAUAUCCUCCGGAGACCACAUGACCCUCAGACCGUGGAUCUGGUCCUGCAACUUCUAGAUCGAGAUUGUAACGGGGUUGUUGAUUUCAAUGAGUUUCUCUUGCUAUUGUUCAAAGUAGCCCAAGCUUGUUAUUAUGCGCUUAGCCAGGCUACUGGGAAUGAAGAGAAGAGACGAGUUAAGCUAGAGGAAAAGAGGGAAAGGUCUCAAGAUUUCUUGCGAGAGGAAAACCAGAGGAGGCGCGACGCCCGGGAGAGGAAACUCCAAGAAGAAGAAGAAGAGCUGCAGCGAGCUGAUCAACAGGAGCGUGAGAGGCAGCGCAGGGACUCGCGCCGGCUUUUGGAGAAGCAACGUCAAGUGCGAGACAGGCAGAGCGCCGCUGAGGAAGAGCAGCUGCAGAGACAAGAACGCGAAAGGCGACUCCAGGAGCGCGAGAGGCAGCGUCUGGAGGACGAGCAACUUCAAAGACCCAGGAAAGAGAGGCAGCAAGAGAGGCAGAUGAGGGAAGAAGAACGGAGACAGAGACGGGAGCUGGAACAGGAGAGUCGCCGCCGCGAACAAAGACAAGAGCGAGCAGAAGUAGGGUACAAAAGACAGGAGCAGGAGAGGCAACGAAGGGAGCGGCAGAGAGAGCGCCAAGAAGAAAGCCUGCAGGAGCUCGCAGACCAAAGCUUGGAGGAAGAGCAGCAGCUAAGACGACGAGAGGAAAGAAAGGCCCGCGAGCAGGAGCAGCAGCUCGAGCGAGAACGUCGGGAACAGCGAGAGAGACAACGGAGAGAGGAAGAGGAGCGUGAGCUGCAGCAAUUAGAGAGGAGAAGGGACCAGGAGCAGCUAUAUCGGGAGGAAGAACUGCUAGAGCAGGAGAAAGAGCAACUCCGACGGCGCCAGGAGAGAGAGGAGAAAAGGCAAAGGCAGGAGCGAGAGAGGCAACUGCGCGAGGAAGAGGCACUCGAGCGAGAACGUCGGGAACAGCGAAAGAGACAACUGAGAGAGGAAGAGGAGUUGCAGCUGGAGGAAGAACAGCUACAGCACCUGGAGCAGGAGGUAGAGAAGAGACGUGAGGAGCUCCAGAAGAGGAGGCGCGAGGAGCAGAGGGGCAGGCAGUACCGGGAGGAAGAACAGCUCCAGGAGGAAGAAGAGCAGCUCCAGCGCCUGGAGCAGGAGCUAGAAAACAAACGAGAGGAGCUCGAGAAGAGGAGGCGCCAGGAGCAGAGAGACAGGCAGUACCGUGGGGAAGAGAAGCUUCAGGAGGAAGAAGAAGAGCUCCAGCGUCUAGAGCAGGAGGUAGAAAAGAGACGUGAGGAGCUCCAGAAGAGGAGGCGCCAGGAGCAGAGAGACAGACAGUACCGUGGGGAAGAGAAGCUCCAGGAGGAAGAAGAACAGCUCCAGCGCCUAGAGCAGGAGGUAGAAAAGAGACGUGAGGAGCUAGCUAAGAGGAGGCGCCAGGAGCAGAGAGACAGACAAUACCGUGGGGAAGAGAGGCUCCAGGAGGAAGAAGAAGAGCUCCAGCGUCUAGAGCAGGAGGUAGAGAAGAGACGUGAGGAGCUAGCUAAGAGGAGGCGCCAGGAGCAGAGAGACAGACAAUACCGUGGGGAAGAGAAGCUCCAGGAGGAAGAAGAAGAGCUCCAGCGCCUAGAGCAGGAGGUAGAGAAGAGACGUGAGGAGCUAGCUAAGAGGAGGCGCCAGGAGCAGAGAGACAGACAGUACCGUGGGGAAGAGAAGCUCCAGGAGGAAGAAGAACAGCUCCAGCGCCUGGAGCAGGAGGUAGAAAAGAGACGUGAGGAGCUAGCUAAGAGGAGGCGCCAGGAGCAGAGAGACAGACAAUACCGUGGGGAAGAGAAGCUCCAGGAGGAAGAAGAAGAGCUCCAGCGCCUAGAGCAGGAGGUAGAGAAGAGACGUGAGGAGCUAGCUAAGAGGAGGCGCCAGGAGCAGAGAGACAGACAAUACCGUGGGGAAGAGAAGCUCCAGGAGGAAGAAGAAGAGCUCCAGCGCCUAGAGCAGGAGGUAGAGAAGAGACGUGAGGAGCUAGCUAAGAGGAGGCGCCAGGAGCAGAGAGACAGACAAUACCGUGGGGAAGAGAAGCUCCAGGAGGAAGAAGAAGAGCUCCAGCGCCUAGAGCAGGAGGUAGAGAAGAGACGUGAGGAGCUAGCUAAGAGGAGGCGCCAGGAGCAGAGAGACAGACAAUACCGUGGGGAAGAGAAGCUCCAGGAGGAAGAAGAACAGCUCCAGCGCCUGGAGCAGGAGGUAGAAAAGAGACGUGAGGAGCUAGCUAAGAGGAGGCGCCAGGAGCAGAGGGACAGACAAUACCGUGGAGAAGAGAAGCUCCAGGAGGAAGAAGAAGAGCUCCAGCGCCUAGAGCAGGAGGUAGAGAAGAGACGUGAGGAGCUAGCUAAGAGGAGGCGCCAGGAGCAGAGAGACAGACAGUAUCCUGAGAAAGAACAGCUCCAGGAGGAAGAAGAGCAGCUCCAGCGCCUGGAGCGAGAGAAGAGGCGCAGGGAGCAGCGCAACAGCUUGCAGUACCGGGAGGAAGAACAGCUCCAGGAGGAGGAAGAAGAGCUCCAGCACCUGGAGCAGGAGGUAGAAAAGAGACGUGAGGAGCUCGAGGAGAAGAGGCGUCUGGAGCAGAGAGACAGACAAUAUCCUGAGGAGGAAGAGUUCCUGGAGCAGGAGAGUGAUCGGCAACUCCGUGAGGAAGCCCAGAGCCGACGUCUGAAAUGGCAGUGGCAACCCCAAAAGGAAAACGAAGCCCGUAACAGGAGGCUUUACUCCAAACGCAGGGAAGAUGAACAGAGGGACUGGGAGCAAGAAGAUUCUCAAGUUCGAGACUGGCCUGCAGUAGAUGAUGAAGAUGAAUAUGGUUUCAGAGAUCUGAACAGACCAUUCAGGUACGAGAAAUCCCGUCGUGUGCAGGACAGACAGUUCUAUCAGGAUGAGGAAGAAGAACAGCAGUACAGGCAGGAACGAGAGGCAGAGAAGCAACGAAGUCACCAAGAAAGAGGCAGAAUAUUCCAGGAAGAAGAACAAAGGCUCCGACAAGAAAGAGAGCAAGAAAGGAAGCGCCGUCAGGAGCAAGACAGGAAAUUCCGAGAUGAAGAACAGUUGUUCAGAGAGGAACCAGAGGAAUACGAAGAAAGGAAAAGGCUUCGUCAGAGCAGAGACAGGAAGUUACGGGAGGAGCAGGAGUUCCGCAGACUGAACCAAGAGGGAAGGAAAGCUGAAGAGCCUGUGCUCCGUCAACUACAAGAAGAACAGAGACGCAGAAAGGAAAGAGAGGAAGAGCAGACCCUCAGGCAGGAGCAAGAGCAGGAGUUGAGACAACGGCAAGAACGAGACAGAAAAUUUCGCCAGGAAGAGCAGCUCAGUCGCCAAGAACGAGAGCAAGAGCUGAGACGCCGUCAAAAACGAGAAGGGGCAUUCUCUGAGGAAGAGCAGUUGAGGGAGGAAGAGCAAGAAGAGAGACGCCGGCAGGAACGACGAGACAGAAAAUUCAGAGAGCAAGAGCAAAGCCUCCAGCAAGCCGUGGAAGAAGAAAAGAGACGACGUCUAGAGCAAGACAGAAAGUUUAGUGAGGAAGAACAGCUCUAUAGGGAAAAUCAGGAGCAAAGACGGCGCCAGGAGCAAGACCGGAGAUUACCAGAGAAAGAACGACUCCUCCAGCAGGAAGAAGAGGAAGAGCAGAGACUUCGGCAAGAGCUAGAGAAGUUCAGGGACCAAGAACAGUUCAUUCGAGAGGAAAAAAGACGGGAGGUACAAGAGAGGAGAGAGGAGCAACGAAGGGGUCAAGAACCGGAGAGGAAAUUCCGUGAAGAACAGCUCCGCCAACAGGAGAGAGAACAGGAACAGAGGCUCCGGGAACGCGAGAGAAAAUUCCAGGAAGAGCAGCUCCGCAGGCAGGAGCGAGAGCAAGAACAAAGGCUCCAGGAGCGGGAGAGGAAAUUCCAACAGGAACGCGAGAGGAAAUUCCGUGAAGAAAAACAGCUCCGCAGGCAGGAGUUAGAACAAGAACGCGAGAGGAAAUUCCGUGAAGAGCAGUUCCGUAGACAGGAGCUAGAGCAAGAACAGAGGCGGCGUCAGGAACGCGAGAGGAAAUUUCGUGAAGAAGAGCAGUUCCGUAGACAGGAGCGAGAACAAGAACGCGAGAGGAAACUUCGUGAAGACGAACAGCUCCGUAGACAAGAGCUAGAGCAGGAACGCGAGAGAAAAUUCCGUGAAGAGCAAUUCUGCAGACAAGAGAGAGAACAAGAACAGAGGCGCCGUCAGGAACGGGAAAAGAAAUUCCAUGAAGAAGAGCAGUUCCGCAGACAGGAGCUAGAACAAGAACGCGAGAGAAAAUUCCGUGAGGAAGAACAGCUUCGUAGACAGGAGCGAGAGCAAGAACAGAGGCGGCGUCAGGAACGGGAGAGAAAAUUCCGUGAAGAACAGCUCAGCAGACAAGAGCGAGAAGGACAGCGUUAUGGUCAAGAGUUCGACUUGCAAACCCGGGUCCAGCUCCGAGACAGACAGUCCAGGGAAGAAGACAAAAGUCGUAGACAGGCCCAGGAAUUUAGCUCACGUCAAAUUUCUAAACCAAUUGUGCGUUCUAGCCCACUGUAUGAGUAUAUUCAAGAACAAAGUAUUUCUCGAAACUCUUACUACAGAAUGCCUUCAUUCAUUGAUGCAGAUGUGGUGUUCAUUCAGAAACAAGUAGAACUUCGGGGGACACUGACUUGUUCAUCUGAUGUCAGAGCUAAUGCGAGAAUCCAAACCUGUGAUCCCUCUUUGUAUAAUACAAUUCGGCUUGAAGAGGUGUCAGUUUCCAAAGCAUGUGCAAGUCGAGAUUUCUCCAAAAACAAAUGCAAUUCAGCUUUAUCUUCACCUACCUCCCUUCUUUCGUGGCAGUCACCCCCAUUGUAG